UGUGUCACAUGACCGGAAGCGAUGGAGGCGACCAAGAUGGCGUCCCCCAAGAGCGCGCCUAAAGACGCGCAGGUGAUGGCGCAGAUCCUCAAGGACAUGGGCAUCACCGAGUACGAGCCGCGCGUCAUCAACCAGAUGCUGGAGUUCGCCUACAGAUACGUGACCACGAUCCUGGAGGACGCCAAGAUCUACUCGAGCCACGCCAAGAAGUCGAGCGUGGAUGCGGACGACGUGCGCCUGGCGAUCCAGUGCCGCACGGACCAGUCCUUCACAUCGCCCCCGCCCCGCGACUUCCUGCUGGACAUUGCCCGCCAGAAGAACCAGACGCCGCUGCCGCUGAUCAAGCCGUACUCGGGCCCGCGGCUGCCGCCCGACAGGUACUGCCUGACUGCCCCCAACUACCGCCUGAAAUCCCUGCAGAAGAAGGUCUCCUCCACAGCAGGCAGGAUCACAGUCCCUCGCCUGAGCGUGGGUGCCGUGAGCAGCAGGCCCAGCACUCCCACUUUGGGUACCCCCUCAGCCCAGACGGUGUCGGUGUCAGCCAAGGUGGGAGCGCCGGUGUCGCUGGCGGGGCAGCGCUUCACUGUCCAGAUUCCAUCCUCACAGCCUGCUGGCAAGUCAGCCACUCCCACCACUCCCACGGUGCAGAACGUCCUGAUCAACCCAUCCCUGAUCGGCCCCAAGAACAUCCUGAUCACCACCAACAUGGUCCCGCCCGGCGCCGCCGACCCCAACCCGCUCAAGAGGAAGCACGAGGACGACGACGACUACGACGCCUUGUGAGGGCCCACAGCCCUUCCCAUGGGAUUGAUGGGAGCCCUUCCUAUGGGAUUUAUAGGAGCCCUUCCCAUGGGAUUGAUGGGAGCUAUUCCUAUGGGAUUUAUGGAGCUCUUCCUAUGGGAUUCAUGGGAGCUAUUCUUGUGGGAUUUAUAGGAGCCCUUCCCAUGGGAUUCAUGGAGCCCUUCCCAUGGGAUUUAUGGGAGCGAUUCCUUUGGGAUUUUUGGAGCCCUUCUUAUGGGAUUCAUGGAGCUCUUCCUAUGGGAUUUAUAGAAGUCCUUCCCAUGAGAUUCAUAGAGCUCUUCUUGUGGGAUUCAUGGGCGCUCUUCCCAUGGGAUUUAUGGAGCCCUUCCCAUGGAUUUCACACAGACUCCGGAGGGUGGGAAUGGGAAAGGCCCUGUUUGGGCCUUGGGAGUGUGGAAAUAAAGUGGAGAGUUUUUUUUAACUGUU